AUGGCCUGUGUGCAACCGUACGCUUCGGCUGUGGGUCGUGGUAAUGGAAUUGCUGAGACGACCGUGGCAUACAUCUUCACCUUAAUUCCUCUGGCUGUCAUACUCUUCACGCCUCUCUGCGGCUUCAUUAUUGAUAGAACCCAAAACGCCACCGCUGUGUUGUUAGCUUUGCAAACGACCGCUCUAUUAUUCUAUGGAGUUGCAUUUUCAAGUCAGUACAUUCCAAUAGGGGAAAUAUAUCUCACAGGAAUGCUGUCAUGCUCUGGAGGAAAAGUAACACACCUGAAAGCAUCUUCGAGCUGCAUUGAACAAUCACUAAACUGCAACCUUUCUUGCUGGCGAAGCAUGCCAGAUGCCGCCUUGUUCAAGAUUGAGGCAGAGUUCAGCCUCGACAACACUACCUCCGAGGUCUGCAAGACACUAUGGAAUCAGACAGGCCGCGACCGGGAAGGAAGCUGUGAUUUCACCUGCCCGUGCCAUGAACGCUCGCCCAGGUCGCUUGCGGUCUACCUUUACGCGGUGUCUGUGGUUCUAGCAUCUCUGGCUUCUGGGGCAGCGUACACAACAUCCGAUGCUGCGAUUUGUGAACUAUUGGGCGAUAGAGCCAAGUCCUACGGACGCCAGCGACUUUGGGGCACCUUGGGCUACGGGGUCUGCAGUCCUCUUCUGGGAUUCUUCAUAGACGAAGCAAACAGGUUGACGGAGGGUCGUUCCGGCUACACUCCGUGUCUCAUCCUCUUCGCUGCUUUCCUUCUGUUAGACAUGCUUCUACUCUGCUGCAUUCCGAGACUAACGAUGACCAAGGCUCCUUCUACUUUCCUGAAGGACGUGGGGUCGGUCUUUGGACGCCUGCACGUGGCGGUGUUUGCCCUGUGGGCGUGUCUUCUCGGAGCAUUGUACACGAUAACCUCAUCCUAUAGCACGUGGUUACUGGAAGACAUAGCGGCACCCAAGCUAAUCGUUGGGCUCUACAGAGCGGUGGGCGAUUUCGUAGAAUUACCUAUGUUUUUUCUGUCCGGACCACUCCUGAAGAAGAUGGGCUAUUUUCCGGUAUGUUCACUGGCGUUUGCCUUACAUGCGGUGGGGCACGUUGGAUUCUCGUUUGUUCGCGAUCCGUGGUACACGCUCCUCACUGCCAUCCCCAGUGGGGCCGCUUUUUCCUUGGCGAUCUCCUCAAUCACCGUGUUCGCCAAAGAGGCUGCUCCGCCUGGAACAACCGCCUCUGUGAUGUGCAUCCUGAGUGUUCUAGGCAUCGAAGGCGUUGGUGAGUGCUUUAUUUUGUGA